AUGGAAACCAUAUCGAAAAUCAGAACAACACAACACGGCAAAAUGAUUUUGGUGGUUACAGAUUCGGACUCCUCAGUAAUGGAUAUCAUCUGCCACCGUUAUGGCAGUGGUGCUCCGUUGAACGACCUCACUGCCCAGAUGAGCCAUCUGACACUUGACAGCGGAUCUGCUGCCGCAGCAUUUCCACCACAGGCAGUUGCUGAGGUGUCGACUGUGAGCUCGGGUACAAUGGAAGCUGCAAAUGCGGCGUAUUCCCCUCAACGCCCGGGAUUUUUGAGCUGUGAACGUUGCCGGGAGAAUCCUCCUCACAAUCCGGCAAGCAUCCACAACUGCGUCGGAAUUAUUGUUUUUUCAUCUGCUAAAGUCGGGGCUACAUUAACGAAGCUACAGCAUUUUGCGCUAUUUGGCAACUUGACUCGCGAGGGAACUACGAUGAGCGAUUCUCACGAGUCUGGAGCCCUGACGAAUCCGAGAGAAGUGGCGGCGCCGAAUGAGCCGAUCUCGGCCAAUUUCUGCUUGUGCCAGUGUGCUCUGGCGCCGAUGUUUAAUUCGGCAAAUGCUGUCUAUACAACACCGAUACUACAUCCAAUGCUCGCGGGAAUUGCUUUGGCAUAUCCACCGGAAUUGUUAUGGCACCGUGGAAACAUUGAUUGA